AUCGGGUUGAAAAUCAAAAAGCACAAUGGAAGCUAUACAAAUCAAGGCUCGUGAUUUGAGGAAAACGUCCGCGGAACAACAGUUGAUCCGGCAAGUGUCAUGUGACGGGACGGGUCAGCAGUACGACCAAGUCGGUGGCAUAAUGACAGUGACCAUGACACCGAUCAUGAUCGAGUCGUAAGGCUGACAGUUGGUGUAAUGGGUACUUGAUCAAGCAACGUUACAAGAUUUCCAGCUGACUCAUUACAGGCGAUAGAGUCCAUCUGCGCUGAUACAGCAGAUCGAUCUGUUCUUGGCAUGCUGCUAUAUAAAUUCCCGCAGGUCUCAUCUGACUUGACUGCUCCCAUCAGUUCUUCUCACCUGAUAGUAAGAAGAGCAGCUGUCCACACCGCUGUCGUCAUACUAAGUGACCCCACAACAUGAGGCGACAUGUAUAGAAUGCCGUUACCCCGAACUUUUAAGACACUCCGCUGGAGUGCUACAACCGUUCGCCAUAGUGUGUUACUCUAUGGAUAGUAAUAGGGCACCAUUACUUCGACAUGGGGAUAUGGGAUGACGGUGAGGAUCCGGACCCGUUCCUGAUGAGGAACCCGAACUUGGCCAUGGUCACUAUAGACCGUCCUGCGGCUCCAGCACCACCAGGAACUCCAUCGCCUCCGGCAUCAAGACGGCCCAGUGCACCCGAGCACUCAUCAGCGGAGCCCUCUACAGAUCCAAAUCUGGCCAAUCCCCGUCUUAUGGUUAACAGAGCAUGUAUCUACGAACGUCACUUACCGGGUGAUGCCUACGUGACGGCUCACGUGCAGCGCCUGCAACACGGGUUCUACUCGAGCGCAGCCGUCUCUGAUCAAGAUCUCGACCAUGUGGACUUCCUGGGGAUCAACUUCAUAUUCCACUCCCCCAACACCCUUACGCAUCGUUUCAAGGCAGCGACCAUCCGAGCCUCGCUGCACAGCAUGCGAGAAAACUCCAAGACCCCCACUGCGUCACAAAACCUCCAUGCGUACCGGUCGAGAAAUCCACGGUUUCUCAAGCACGCACCACACCUACUGUACGGGGCUGUUUCACCCGAGACACUUCAAUGGAACUACAGCCUCGCCGGGUCGCUCGGUGUAGCUGAGCUACCCCUUAUGGCCAGCAUCUCACCCUCCGGCGGCAUGAACGGACGGUACCGACGGUACGAGAUGAUGAGAAUCCAGGGCUCGGUCCGGUCAUUGAAGAGCCCACGCGGGCGGAAGUUCGACGUCGAGGCGGGGGAGAUUGUCUGGUCACUGGAGGAGAACAAUCUGCAGCGAUCUGGUCUGCCACGGGAGUUCACGUUCGCCAUGUUAAUCCAGAAACCGCGUGCCGACAGCCGAAUCCAACUGGCUCUGGAUAUCGAGCCCGUCCUCCAAUGCAGCUACUUCAACUACCCGACAUGGUGGCUGGAUCUCCCGGCGUACAAACCGGCCCCUCGACGGUCGGUAGACUUUCGAGUCGAAGUCGGGCAGCGCUUUGAGCCCCUCACACCCAAUAAAGGAUUCAACUUUGCUACCCUGGAGAGCUCAUUUGAUGAUUAUGUGCACAUGCCAGGAAGGAAGGUCACCACCGGGGUACCCCUGGACGGCGGAAUCGCCCAAGACGACAACGAGAUUCGGCGCGAAGUCACCCGAGAUUUCACCAUGGUCGAACCCGUCCGGGGAAUCCCCCGAGUGCCAUACACCGGAACAACGCCCGCCGGGGCCGCAGGCAAAAUGCCCGGAAACCGGAACGGAGUCAGCAACAUGCUGCCUAUCCUCGACCCGGGGUCUCUCUCCGUGCGAAUCCUGCUCGAUAACAGCCACGGGCACAGCAGCCAGCUCGCGACGCAUAUCUCCGCGCUGCGGUCGACCAGCAACAUUGCGAAAGAAUGAGAUAAGACACAGGGGCAGGCCCAUCCCGCGACUAGCCGGGAUAACCGAUCAUCGACGCAGCCCAAGAAAGUGCGGAUCACGCAAAGCGUGUCGGAUAAUCAAAUCACGAAGCGCGGUCGAGGCACCUAGAUAGAGUUGGCUUUACACCCCUUCCUUCCCUCCCUGCUAGCAUCUAGAAAGUAUAUUAUAUGCCCUGUGCUUAAUGAAAUGUAUGUACAAUAGACUACAGCAACGAUACCCCCCAGCAUACAAGCGACGUGGAACCAAGCUCCUAACCCCAGUAGAAACUCAAAUCCAUGCAAAGGAGAAAGAACCCCAGAUCACCCCACUACUAUGCAAGUAUACCAAAUCACAUACAUAAAACAACCACCACCCCCUGUAAAGCAAAACAAAACAAAAAACAAGAACAGA